AUGGACAUGACACCUCCUGGAAGUGAGUCGACAGACGAGAACAAAACCCUCGGCUCGGAUUUCCUGUGGGUUGGUUCAGGCAGUGGCACCAGCGAUCCAGCCAGCCAUAUUUACGAGAAAACGGUACGGAGCCAUGUCCAGCGAUGGUCGAAGACGCGCACUGGUCCAACAACGCUGCGCAGCGGCCCUCCAAUCAAUAGAAAACGAAAAGUCGCUCCAAGGGUUCAGACGAUCCAGUCUCUGUCGCCAAAGUUGAUGGCCAAACCCUACGGUUCGCCACCAAGUGCAGGUUGCUUCUCUCAAUUUACCGCGGCGCCCAUGACGCCAACAUCUAGUCUGGAAAGUCCAUUCGAGUCAAGUGAUCUAGAAUUCGCGGAGAUGAAGAACGCGAGCGCGACCGAAGUUGAUUCCCCGGCUGCGGGAGAGCCCAAGGAUCACUGUCCACCCGAAUGCGAUGCACCUGUCCCGGAAAAGGGAGAUUCGGGCGAAGUUGAAAGUGCCAUUGUCCCAGUCUCAUGGAGAGACACCCAACGAGGGGGCCAGACCUUUCAAUCUCGCAUCCAGCAGACUAUGCGGCUUUGGCAGUCAAUAUCACCUGCUUUGUCCGCCACCCUCGACUCGGAUAGACUGGAGAAAAUGGUUCGAAGUCACCACAUGACCUUCUCCGCCGUCUGCUCAGUCAAGAAAGCUCUCACCACCCGAGAAUCUCAGGAGGAAGCACUGAUGUUCGAGCGGCUGAUGAGGAAAGGUUGCAGAGAUUUGGAGGCGAAGAGAGUAAAGGAAGCUUUCUUGCUGUUUGACAAGGCGUUGUCAUACCUCAAGCCGGUUCUGAUCAUGCAGAAUCUUCGAGGAGAGCCGAUGUUGCUGCGUCUCAUUGCUCAAUUCUCUGGACCGCUCUUUGUGCCCCUCUGGCUUCGGGUCUACCAAUACAUUAUCGGGCUCGCAGAAGUGUUGAUCAGUCCAGACAACCCUUUCGGACAGAGUGCGCGUUCGUUUAUCCGGUCUCCGGUGCCGAUGAUCGACGCGUCAGGAAUGGUUCUCCGCUGUAUCCUCGACGUAGUGCAGACGCAGCUUGGACCAAUGCAUCCAGACGCCCUAGAUUGCCUUGAAUACCUUGCCUGGUCUCUGUUCGACAGGGGCCUCGGACAAGAAGCUCUGGCCCGCUUCACCGAGCUGCUGCAAAACCAGGAAGCCGCCAGAGGAGCCAUGUCUCCAGAGGUAUGCCAUGCCGUCCGCGGGCUUGCCGAGACGCAUUUGCUACUUGGUGACCUCGAUGUGGCCGAGCGUCUGUUUGACGAGGUCCUUGGUUGGCGAAGCAUGGGGCCAGAGAGGGAGAGCCUGCAGAUGACCGCGAUCAGGGCCAGGUGCUUGCUUUCUCUGUCUCUCCUGGCGGAGCGGCGGCAGAAUCCAUUUCGUGCACGGUGGCUGUUGCAGCAGGCGGCGGAUACAGCGUCUUGGGCACACGGUGAAGGUGGCCAGAACACUGCAAAUGUUUGCUUCGACGAGAACCUCCCGGACCUUGAUCCACUGGACGAAGUCAAAGAAGAGAUCCAGAGGGUGCUGGACGCAGUGGAGUCGUGCUCGAUUGAUUGA